AUGCCCCGGGAGACGGCGAGGGAGGCAGCGAGGCCUCCGCCUGGGAGGAUGUCGCGUCCGCAGAUCAUCCACAGCGGCCACUUCAUGGUGUCGGAGCCCCACGCCGACCCGGACCCGGACCCCGAGGCGGCUCUGAGCCAGCCAGGCCAAGGCGCCCCGCCGAGCGCGGCGGAGCGAGCGAGAAGGGCCGGCUCCGCGCCGAAGACCGCGGCCGGGAAGGCAGGUGACGGGGCCCAGCUGGCCACCGCCGCUUACGACUUCGACACGGUGGACGAGGCCGCGUGCCUGUGCUACCGCUACGGGCCUCGAAGCAGCGGAGCCCUCAGCAUCGACCCUUCGCUCACGAAGCUCUUCGAGUGCAUGACGCUCGCCUACAGGUAUGGGCGGGGCGGGCAGGGCAGCCAACGGGGCACAGCGGGCCGUGUGUCUCUGGGGGGAAAUGUGGAGAGACACAGUAAGGAGGGAUAGAGAAGGGCCCGCUUGGUGGCUUCCUUUCUUGCCUCCGGCCCUUGCCUCUCGGGAUGCAUUCAGGGAACCAGACUAUGCCUUGGGAUUACAGAGUGCCUGCUGUGGGAACUGCAGCACGACCAAUUAGCCUGCCAUUCAUACGCAAGAUAUACUACUAUGCAUGCAGAUAAACGAGACUAAUAAGAGAAUCCAUCUGCAGGUAGCUUGGCAUCGUUAAGUAAAAGCCUCGGAUUCCUUGUAACUACAGACAUCAAGGGCAUUUUCACCCAAGAAGGCAUUUCAAAGGCGCAGCUUGCCUUUGUCGUGUCUGCCAUGCCAAGUUAAAAUCUAAAUGAGUGUAUAAAUCUAGAUUUGUAGCUGCCAGUUAAGAAGUGCUCCCCUGCAACCUUUCCUUCCACUUUAAGAACUUUCACUUAUGGUAGGGAGGUUCUCAGGCAUCACGUGUGAGAACAGAGUAGUCAAGGAAUGAAACUGACAUUUUAGAGUCAGAAACGCAUACAUCUGUUGAAACCAACAAAUCCGGUUUUGUAGUUAAAAAAGAAAGCAGGGGGCCUAGAUAUGACAUAGAGUUGGGCCUGGUUCUCCAGCAUUCUACUACCACUUGCUUUCUGGCACAGUAUUCUUUCUUUCUUUCUUUCUUUCUUUCUUUCUUUACUCACUCACUCUGGUUGCAGUUCUACACACAAGGGAUUAGAAUCAAUGAAUAAGUCUCAUUGAACUCAGUAGGAGUUACUUCUGAGAAAAAGUGCAGAGGAUUGCACUGCUACUUAUUUUACUGUAUUUGCAAGGUGCCCAGUAGCAUCUCUAGUGGCAUAUGGGAAUAUGUUCAUAUAAGCACAGCAUAGAGGAGCGGAAUUGAUACUAACUUUAGUCUUCCCAGAAAAUCAUGUCAGAAAAGCACAUCUUGCUGCUUAGACAGUGCUUUUGACCCAUACAUAUUACUUUGGUUUUUAUCUACCCCAUUUUCAGUGUAUCUCAUACCCCAGUUGACUUGUUCAUUCAGCAGUCAAGUCCUUUAAUCUUUAAUCAGCUCUCAGGUCAGACUCCUUUAAUGUGUGGAAAGGAGAGAAAGUCUUAAAUAAUAGAAAUUCUAUUUGACAGAGUGUAGUGGAUGAGUAUUAAAGUGAGAAAUGGACAUGUAUUUCUUCCUGUGCUCCCCUUAGCUUCCUAAUAGAAUUUUAAUGUGAACUCUUGUGCAGAAUUUUAAUGAUUUAUGUUAAGGAACUAAUUGGCUUGUUUUGCACAGUCUAGUUUUAAUUAUUGUUACCUGUGCUGUACUACGUUGAAAAUUAAUACAUGCCCUGAAUUUUUUUAAUUGGUUCCCCCCCCCCAACAUUUCUGUGAAGUAGGAAAGAAACUUGAGCAAUGAAACAGGCUGCUUAGGGAGAUAAUGAAAUUUGCUUCGUUGGAAACUUUCAAAGAAAGGCUGGGUGGGCAACUGUCUGGAAUGUUUUACAUUACUGUGCUUCAGGGCAUAACUUGGACUAGAUUAGGGAUCAAAAACUUGCAGUCUGCUUGCUGCAUAUGGCACCCAGAACACUUGAUUGCUGGCUGUGUGCCUCUUAAAAGUUUAGAAAUUCUAGUGUUUCUUUUUUAAAGUAACAUUUGACAUGAUUGCAUAGACCAUUUUGGACAUGUGAUGGUAAAACAACAACUCUCUUUUCUGGUUCUUGGUGCCAAACAGCCUAUCCUGCACUGGUCUUGACCUUUGGGAUUUCUCCUAGUUCUAAAAAUAAUUAAAAUAAAAAGUACCACACUGUUUUAACCAGUAUCCCUUUCCCAGGAAUGUCUGGCCUUGAUGUUAGCAUAUAGAGUUUUGAAUUAAAUAGCUGUAGUCCUUUCAUAUAAAAGUUGUAUUCUUACCAGAGUUGCACAUUCAGCAGUAUGUUGCAGACUAGCUUCCCAACCAAUAUAUUUGCUGCAAAAUUACUGCUUCUGCCAUUGAGAUCAUCUCCUUGUAAAUAUAUAUCUAUGAAGCAGCUUUAAAUCAAGAAAAAAAGUGUUCCAGCAUUUUCAGCAACCUAGUAAACUCGAAUAGAUCCGCAGAACUGGGUUUUUUGGGUCUGUUCUUUGACUUCCAGCAUUAUGACAUUUCAGACGUUGACUCCUUUAGGUAUUUUCUAGUUAAUCUCCCACAACAUUAUGAGAUGUCAUCUUGGACUAAGCAAAAGGACAAAGGUAGUAUGAGGAGUUUGAAUGCCUGAAGAAAUCCCCGCAACAGAGUCCUUUUUGAUAUUAACUUUGUCAAAAGCUCAGUUUACCAUAUACCUGAGCCCACUGGUUUCAGCUGGCAGUGCAAGCCUCUGCCCCCAGCCAGUGAAAUAGACAUUACAUUUUGCUCAGUAGUAACAGAGAAUCAUAUAUUGAAUCUUUUUCACAGCUAUGCAUUAGAACUGUGACUGAUCUAUCUGCCUGGGAUUAUUCAUUCAGGUGCAAUUUUGAAUAAGAAGCUGUUGUGGCAGAAUAGCAAAGGGGCAUGGGUUCUGAACAGUAUCUUGUUUGUUCUUUUACACAACUGUUCAGUGAAACAGCUGCCAUGUUUGAAAUGUAAUGGGGCAGAGUCCAAUAGGGUGGCCUGAGAAUGUGGUCCAAUACGCUUAGUGUGAGGAUUUUCAUGUGGGAUGUUUGUGCACCUUCAAGUGAACUUCUGAAGGGCAGAAUAUGAGUGUGUGUUGCUACUGAUUAAACAGGGUGCGUGGGUGGAAUGCAAGCUGCCAGUGUCUGCCUGUAUUCCUAAGGAGAUGCUGGCUCAUUAUAAUUUCUUCUCCUUCAUAAGAACAUACAGAUGAGGCACAGUUUUACUUUAGCAGUGGAAGAAAUAAACCACUGAAUUAACCUUCCAAGAUGUUUUUAAUCAUUUGGAUUACUCAAGUCAAUACUAUAUUUCUCUGUUGUAGAGAUACACUCACUAACAAAUUGGUUAUUAAUAGCAAAACACAAAUCAUUUAACUGGAUGUGUUUUAAAUUAUGCUGCAUUUCUUCAGAAUAAUUGAAUUACCACAGGUUCUGUCCAGGAAAUAGUUGUCCAGCACUCACUGACUCUUCGUAGAUGGGGUUGUGCAACAAUAAUGAAUGGGGAAGACCCCUUAUAGUAAGGCUGGGAGUGGGGGUUAUUUCCAGAUCUGCUACCUAAAGCCAGGGCUAUUUUUUCUUCUGUCAUAAUUGCCACAUGGAAUUCCACCCCAAGGCUGGUAUCUAUAGCGUACUUUUUAAAAGCAAGAUUUUGUCCUUUGUUGAGGAGCUUCAUCAGAAAAACAGGAAGGCAGUAUACAUAGAGAGCCAUGUAGUUCUGUGGGCAGAGCUUCUGUAAUCAACACAGCUUCUUAUCACCUCUAUAAUUAUGUUCUACACUUAUCAGCAUAUGCUACUUCUAACCUGUUCAUUUUUCUCCUUCUCCCACAGUUUGCUCUAAAAAGUUGAGGAGGAAUCAACAUCCAGUGAGAGGUUUAGAAUAAAGCAGGCAUAUUGGGUCAGUCUGUGCAAAAGGUGAACAUUUGUAGACAUCUGAGUAGUUUACAGUUUAUAGUUUUGAGUGCAGAAUUUAGUUUUAUUGGCACAGAUUAGUAAUAAACUGUGGCUAUAGAAUAGUCAAGCUUAUUAAAGAGAUGUUCCUGUUCAGUGUGUUUUGAGCUGCCUUCUUCUUUGGGUGUUGCCUGGCCCUGUUUCCCCUUGAAAGCCAGAUAUACUCGGUAUUACAAGAGGUGGUUUUUUUUGGCUUUCUCAUUUGUAGUGAGAAACUUGUCUCUCCCAAAUGGAAAACCUUCAAAGGGCUGAAACUGCUACAGCGUGACAAGAUUCGACUCAAUAAUGCCAUCUGGAGGGCCUGGUAUCUGCAGUGUAAGUAGCCUGGAAGAAGGCAUUUAAAACACAACAACAACAACAACAAACCAACCAUAUAAAAGGUGAUCCAAUAUGGGCAGAUUAGGUGGGAACCACCAAAUUCUGUGUAUAAAUUCACAAAAAAUGGGUUCUUCCUCCAUCCCUACACGUGUUUUCCAUGACUUUCUCAACCAAGGAGACUGUUUCACACAGAAUUAUGUAUUGCAAGUUUGCAAAGCUUUAUGCUAGCAAAAGUCACAUAUUAAUUGCUUAUGGAUUUAAAGCUCUUCAGCUCUACUGCCUUAUUUAGUGGAUGCUGAAAUGGGAGCGACUGCCAGCCAGCCAGCAAGUAUUUUCUCUGUUUGGUCCUGCUUGAAGCUGUACUGCAGAUUACAGCCCCUUUACUGCUAUUUCAUUCUGGAUGCAGAUGUGGAGAAGCGGCAGAACCCAGUGUGCAGUUUUGUGACCCCACUAGAGUGCAGUGAUGUAGAUGUGCACCGCAAGCCUGAGGUGAGCAAAGGUUACUUGGGCCUUUUUUACUUAAGAACGUACAAAGAAGACAGAUUACACAUUUCUGUAAGUGACCCCUGGCUGCACCUUUAUUUGGCAGGCUGUCAUCAUGGAAGGAAAGUACUGGAAACGCCAAAUUGGGGUUGUCAUCAGGGAAUAUCACAAAUGGAGGUUGUUUUCCUAUACCCAGGUAAGGGUCUUCUCCAGCAAGAUGUGUUGUACUUCAUAUUGCUCCCCUUCACCCCUAGAUGACAUGUUCCACCCAAGCUCAUACAGUCCUUUUUAGUGUCAACCAAGGAAAUCAGGUAGCCAAUCCAGAAGCACCUUGGUACUCCAUUGUAAGAAGGUGGAUUUUCUAGAUGCUUCUUGCCAGGCUAUAAUAGACUGGAUCUGGUGGUUAUGAGGUGAUCUGGUACUAGAUGGGCGAGGCUACGUUUUUAUCUUACUCUGAUGGGUGCCUUGGCCUAUAGACUCAUUUCCGCAGCUGCCAAAGGCUCUCAUUCUCUUGUCCUCUCUCUCACUUCCACAAAGACACACACUGGUCACCCAGCUAUCCCUGUGUGAUUAUUGUGGUCUGCGAUGGCUUUCUGAGGCCUCCGGUGUUCAUUGUUGUUGUAGCAGUAGUAGUAAUAAUAAUAGUACAUUAUACCUAGCCCUUCCUCCCAAAUGUGUCCAGGGCAGUAAUGAGCCAGAUAGGAUUUUAUUUAGCCACCUAUGUUUUUUCUCUAGCUAAGUAUUACUAAGUAGUACUUUCAGUGGCCUAAUCCUAAACAUUCUGUGCAUUUUGUUAUAGGCUUCAAAGAAGAUGGAUAAACCCGUCUAUGGUUCAGCUCAGGUGCUAUUUUAAUGCCUUGUUCCUAUACUGCACCCUCCAGAUUCCCCUUUCCCCAUGGCAGAGGGUGGAAUUAAAAAAGCUUGGGGGUUGUCUGCAGCCAUUCAGUAUUCCAGCCCCUCAUUUGAGUUUGCCUAAAGUUAGAGUUCACAGGUCUUUCUCUCCCAUUCUGGACAGGAAGUAGCUGAUGAUGUUCCAAGGGCAGAGCUGAAAACGGAAGGAACAGAUGCAUGCCCCAUGGACCUCGACCCCUUGCAUGACCUGGAUGCACUUCUGGACACCUUCAUUUCUAGCCGCAACCCUUAUGGUGGCCCCAACCUCCGUGGCCUUGGUGAGAGGCCUUGCUUUGUGCUCAUUCCAUCUAUCUCUGGAUCUGUCCCUUUCUAUCAAGAAACCCUUUAAGUUUUCUCCACUGUCCCCAGAGGCUAGUACAGAUGCCUCUAAAGGGUGGAGAGAGGUUUUGAAGUAUCUCCAUGUGAGAGCCAGUCCCUUGCUUGUGAACCAGAGAACAAUUGCUAUGGAACAAAGUAGCAAGCGAGUGAUAUUAUUUCUCAUUUUGUGUCUUCAGCUCACCAGGGAAAUGCAGAUAUGAUCCAGCCCACCCUGACCCAACUGCACCCCAUCUUUGGGGAGGAGUUUAUGGACUUGGACCCCAUUCAAGGUAACAACAGGUUUAUAUGGCUGUACUUAGUGGUACAGGACACAGGUGGCGCUGUGGGUAAAACCUCAGCGCCUAGGACUUGCCGAUCGUAUGGUCGGCAGUUCGAAUCCCUGUGGCGGGGUGCGCUCCCAUUGCUCGGUCCCAGCGCCUGCCAACCUAGCAGUUCAAAAGCACCCUCGGGUGCAAGUAGAUAAAUAGGGACCACUUACUAGCAGGAAGGUAAACGGCAUUAAACGUGCGGCUCUGGCUCGCCAGAGUAGCUUCGUCACGCUGGCCACGUGACCCGGAAGUGUCUGUGGACAGCGCUGGCUCCCGGCCUCUAGAGUGAGAUGAGCGCACAACCCUAGAGUCUGUCAAGACUGGCCCGUACGGGCAGGGGUACCUUUACCUUUACUUAGUGGUAAGGUGGCGCAUCUCAAAGCUGAAAGACAUCCUCUGAAGCACUUUGUAUGGCUUCUUAAGACCACUUCAGCCUGUGUUUAAAUUAUGUAUCCAUACUGUACACAUUUAAAAGAAUUCCGUUUGUUUAUAAAUGCUACUGAGUACAUGCUGCUAGGAUCUCCUGAUCAGCUGCAAUUCCCUGCAGUGCGUAUCUGUAAAAGAGCCCUUGGAUUCCUCAGAAUUGCAGCUUGCAUAUUUACUAAACUCACUGUUAGGGAGAAAACUGAAAAGUGUGUCAUUAAAGCCCAAAAAUCAAAUAGAAACAUGUAUUAUUAUUAUUUUAAGCCCACAAGUUAAUCAGCAGUUUUGAAAGAUUAACUUGUGACCUCAAGAGUAAAUAACAUCUGAGUCUGGGUCACCAAAGUGGGCUGAAAGCUGUCACUGGUGAGAGGAGACUAUUUCCAAACUGACAUUGAUGAAAUUCUAGUUCACCCAAGGCCAGAGCAGAAUGCUGCUGAGCAAACAUGAUACGUCCUGGUAAGACUAGACAUUAUUUAAAUUAGUCAGCAUGCACGUAAAAAUCCUCUUUUGGGCGUCCAGUGCUCUAAUAGAAGACUCAUUCUCCAUAUAAUCACAUGCAUACUGUGCUUUAUAUAUUGUUUGUCCCCUAUCCCAUUUUCUGAAUCAGCCAGGACAAAUUCUUCAGAGCCACUGUUUAUCCCCUUUUCACAGGAAGAAUAAAGUAGGCAAAUUAAUCUUGUAUGAAUUCUUAAUUUGAAAAAUCUUAAACUUACGAGUUGGUCAUCUCAAAAUUUCUACUUGCAAGUAUAGCAUCUACAUAUUGAGCCUAUUUCAGUCUCAUUCCUGCCACUCCGACACAUAACUCUGAAAUCAGCAGUCCCCACCUGCAGAUUGCUCCUGUUCUUGACUUGAGUUUCUCUACCAGUUGACAUAUCCUGGAUUUUAGGUCUCAUCUUUCUUCGAAACCACCAGUUGAUGUCUUCUUGUAUGGUGGAUGUGAAUGAAUGAAUGUUUAUUAUUACGACCAAACAGCCAGCAUACUACCUGUAUGGUGAAAUCCUGAUGAUUCCUUGCUUAGUUGAUUCAGACACACCAGCCAGUUAUCUUCUACCAGUUGCUCUUUAUCUCCUCCCAGCCUUUUAAAUCUUUGCUUUCUUUUCACAGAAUUCAUCACUUCCUGUCGUUCUCAGCCCAUGAACCAGGUAAGGAGAAUAAAUUUAUCUGAUAGCUUACAAACUACUUGGGCUUCUGCAGCCCCUGAUGCUUAUUGCAGAUACUGGUCUGUGCUUGAUUUUGAUUUUGGAAAGGCAAUAGCCUUUUCUCAGCAUUGCAAAAAAAAUUGAGCAGUGGGAGUUCUCCCACUUGUAUGAUUUUCAGUGCAGCCAUCUCCAGCCUGGACUCAGGAGUUGUGUUUGAUUUGCACUCUCUUCUCCCCCCUCUCUUAGGCUCCUGCAGUAACGGAUACUAGUGCUUUGAACCAGUGCAACCCAGAUACACCUCUCAUUGCCCCUGGGACCAAGGAUCUCCCACCGCCCGGAGACUCUCUCAACCCCAUUCCCAUCUCACUGGAUGUGGAGCCGCCUGUACCUUUGAAUGGACAGCAGACCUUCCUGCCAUUCUUCCCCACCUCCCCACGGAGGAUCAGCCCGCCGCCUGUCUCUCCCAUCUUGCGCAUGCAGCCUCAAACCACUUUGGUCUUCUCUGUCAUCACGCACACAGGAUCAGAAACAAAUUCUCCGUCUGUAUUUCGGGACACUUUUGCUGUGCCAGUCUCUGCUCCUCCACCCAAGGAUGGGAAAUGCAGACACCUGCAACGGAUUGCUCCAGCACCCUCCUCUAGCCAGCAGCCAACCCUUCCCGGUGCUCCGCUCCCCUGCCUGCUUGCAACUGGUAUGUCCCUGCAAGGACAGGCUCUCUGCAGGGGAAAUUGAGGCAUUGCUGACCUAGACUACAAUGCUUCUCUAGAUCCAUUUGGAGUUUUAAGUCAUACUGCAGAAUUCUCCUUUCUUUUUGGUGGUUGUUUUCUGAAGCAAAUCUCACCAGGAUCAACUUUUGGAAUCCCUAAUUUAAACAACUGCAUGCAUUAUUAGUGUUUAUUUUGAUAUAAUUAUCUGAAGCUGGAGUUUAGCUUCAUACUUGGGAAUCACUGGAAGCAAAAGCAUUUUUAUGUACUGGUAAAAUAAAAUAUGUGGUCCAGGGAGAUAGGUUUUUGUGUUACUGCAGAAUUUUAAAAUUAUAUACAAUGGUACCUCGAUUUUCGAAUGUAAUCCAUUCCAGAAGACCGUUCGAAUUCUGAAACAUUCAAAAACCGAAAACACAGUAUGGAACUGAGUAUGGAAAACUCAAUACGGAAGCUGCGUGGCAUGUUCGACUUCCGAGGCGUGUUUGAAAACCGAAGCAUUUAUUUUCGGGUUUCCAGCGUUCAAAAACUAAAAUGUUUGUCAACGGAGAAGUUCAAAAACCAAGGUACCACUGUAUCUGACUUGAGCUGAUAGGCAUUAUGUAACAGUGCCUGCAUCUCCUUCAGCGGAUUUAGGGUUUAGCCUUGCAUAAAUUGUGUGUCAAAACUAUGUACUGACUAGUCUGUAGAACGGCAAAAUGGUUCAGUUAGUCCACAGGUAUUGGAGACGGAUUUAAGGUGGCAUUCUUACUUGCAACUAUACAUAUGUGUAAAGAUGUCUGGGAGCUGCUGUUUGGAAAGGGAAAGAAAAAGUCCUCUACGCCCAGAUUCCUGCUUUGAUCCCCUUCUUGCUUCUCUGGAGUGUAGUUAAGCUUUUUGUUUUGAUGCGGCCAGCAGUUUGAACCAGGUAAAUCAAGCAAAACUACAAAUGUUAACAUUCGUCCAAAUGCUUCAUAGUUAAACAGAAAACCUUCAACUCAUUAGUAGAAGUGAAAUGACAGCUCAUUAAUAUAACUUUGCAUAUUUACUAGCUUUUUAAAAUUAUAUUUUAAUUUUUCUUAGAUCUACAAGUGAGCACAGAUUUUCUUGACCCAUUUCAGAACAAGGCUCUUGUGCCUUGUAGCUUUUUUGAACGGGGAAAGUUGUCAAGAGCUGUAGAGUCUUCUAAUGUGCAAGCAUUAUGAAGAGAGAAUCUGUAACUAUGAAACUUUCCUCUCUACCCCAUCUAAAACUCACACAUAAAGGUCCAGAAGUCCUAUCCUCUGUGUCUGAUGGCAAAGUGGGUACCAAACAGUUGAUGUCAGAUUGGCUGGUACAUGCAGGAAUUUUAUGAGAUGCUAAUGGUUAUGGGGAAACCAGGCCUAGGUAUGUUUUGGAAGGGAUCCCUGAGGCAAGGAUGCUCAUUGGCCUCUCUGUUGGGUAGGGUGCCAUGCAUUUAAGUAGAGAUCAUUGGCCCGAAUUGUAUUUUCAGUUGUGGUGGGUGGGAUUUCAUAAAGCAGCAGGCUCCUUUUCAUUAAAUAAAUUCUGCCACAUUCAAAAACUUGGUCUAGCGGUGAGCAGCUAAACUGAAGCUGUGUAGUUACAGGGAGUGAGUGAUGCUGCUUUAGCCAGCCAAGUUUUGUACAUGCAUUGAGGGUUAAUACAUAGAGGCUGGGAAAAUAAGAACAUCUCUUUCAUCUCUAGGUCCUGCCCCACUGCCCCUCACUCCAGUCAUGAACUCUGUGCAGGUAAGGAUGCUCUCCUCUGCCACCUUCCGUCUGCGAGGCCUCCUAUCUGUGUUCUGCUUUUUGCUUCCUUGGAGUUGACAGGCGGCGUAUUUUUCUAUCUUUCUGUUUGGCUGCUCUCUCUUUCUCUCAACCCUGCUUUUCCUCUCCCACAGGUGUGUGGCAUCCCAAAGCCCCCUGCGAAUAUGCUGAACUCAUUCUCGGCAACGGUGAAGUCUCCUCCACUUGCCUCUGCUGCUGCUUCCCCUGACACUGGUAAGCUGGCUCAGGAGGGUGCAAAGUCACUCGGCCUCUCUUCUUAGCAGCAUCUCAUCUGCUUUCACUGGAUUGGUCUAUAUGCCGUGCCAAAGUAGAAAUUGAAUACACACCUUAAGAGGAACUCACCUACCCCAGUAUUUUUGGGAUUAUUUCAGGUGCCAAAACCAAGGAGAGAGCUGAGGACAACACUCUCUGCAAACCCCAGGAAGUGGACAAAUGCUGUACUGCCAAGGUAAUAAGAAUACCCACACCACUGUACCCCAUCUUGUUGGCUUGAGCGUUGUGGGAGAAGACAUCUUUUCUCAAAGACGAUAGCCAAAGGGGUAGUCGCCUGGCAGUGUCUCAAAUCAUGGCUUGAUUGGCUCUUGCAGGGAAGUCGCAGAUCAACACUUACCUCGGCUGACUAUGCCCGCCGUAGGGUCAUCAGCUCCGGCUUCAACACUCUUGCCACUCUGGUGUUGACAGGACCUGAUCAAAGCAGCACUAAGGUACGCAUCCCCCACUGUACCAGAGGGUGGAAGGGCACAUAUUCUCUGCUGUUUGUCCAGUCCUCCCAAUUUGCUUUGUGAACCUGCCGGAGCCGUUCUUGUGGUCUUUGCCUUCCCAAUCCAUUUUACGCCUUUACUCCACCCCCUCACCUCCCCAGUUCAGCAAAGCGAUGCUCCUGCAGAAAAGUGCGGCACAUGUGGAAAGACUGCAGCAAGAGCGCCGACAAGCUCAGGAGACAGUUGAAAGACUACGUGGCGAAAUCGAAGAGCUGAGCACUGCCAUUGAGUGAGUUGCAGGGCUGGCUUAAGGGGUUUUCAUAGGAUCAGGGAUACAAGUUAAAAGGUGAGAGGGGAACUCCUGUCAACAAGUUGUGGCUUUUCUCUUCCCUGCAGUGACUUUCAGCGCCAGCUUCCACCUACGGGAGCUCCUGUGCUGCCACCACAGUCGGAUCAGGCGUCUCAACUCUAUGAAGAGUAUGUGCGCAAGCGCACCCUGCAGGACUGGCGCUUCUGGCUUGUAUCCACCAGCGAGCAUGUGGGAUGGGGUGGGACAGGUUAGGGUGCAAGAAAGAAAGCAAGGGGAGGUAUUUGGCAUGACAUCAGUGGCCUGCUGGGUGCUUAAGGGGAGCAGGGAGACUUGGCUGCAUAGGCUCCUUAACCUCUUCCAACCUGCAGUUCAGCAUGGUGAUUAAGCCACUCUUUGAGAGCUACACCAGGACAGUGAGCACAGGCAGCGUCAAGGAAUUCUGCGACUCAGUGUUGAGCUGGUUGGAGCAGCACUGCACCCUGCCCAUCUUGCGCCCUGGUAUGGAUCAACAGGGAAAUCUAGAAAUGUCUUUCCCUUCACUGACCCAUCUCUCCCCCCCCCCAUGGCUUUCAAUGAUCCUUGCCUACCUUCUGCUCUGAAAUCUAGCACGCGUUUGUGUAUCAUUCACCCAUCCUACUCCUGCUUGAAGUACUCUUACGUUCACACAUAACUAAGAGAGUGGCGCAGAACCAUGGCUUACCAAUUAUACUCCACAUUCCCAAUUCCCUUUUCAUGCCUUGCUAAGUUACUAGACACAAUUGCCCAUCACUAUGAUCCUUUCCUUGCCCUGAAGCAAGAUUAUUGGGCACUGCCUUAAAGCAAGGCCCAGAUGUGACCUUAGGAGUUACCUGGCUUUGUGGUGUUUAGGAAAAAAAUAUAGCUGGAGAUGCCAGCUGUUCUCACAAGUCUUCUAUUCCUGAUACUUCCAGAAGACUUGAAAGGAUUCUCUUUCUAGGAAUUAGGAAAAAGUGUCUGCAUUGAGUUCAUUGUUACUGUUUUGGUUUUUUGUCCCACAGCUAUCUCUGGCUCCCUCCUGCAGCUAAGCAAGAUCACAUCCAUACUGACUCGUCCAACCCAGUUGCGUGAACAAGCCCUGCAAGCAGUAGCUGGCCCUCCACACUGCAAGAGCAACAGCUAG